AUGAAAUUUCCUGGAAAGGCUGUAUUAAUAGAAAAUAAAGUUGUUGAGGAAAAACCAUUUAAAUCCAAUGACGAAUUUCCUGAAGCUGAAUUAUACUUCGGUGGUGAACAAGAAACAGAUAAUGAGCAUCAUCAAAGAAUGAUUCGAAUUAGUCAGCAAGAAGAAAUGGCAAGAUUGGGUAUGACCGUCUCGUCUGGACAUGUCGUAAUAAAGAAAGACAACUCCAAUAUGAUUGGUGUGUCAAUUGGAGGUGGAGGUCCAUACUGCCCAUGUCUAUAUGUUGUUCAAAUAUUCGACAAUACACCGGUCUCACGAGAAGGAACAUUACAAAGUGGCGAUGAGUUACUAGGCGUGAAUGGAACAAGUGUUAAAGGAAAAACGAAAGUUGAAGUCGCAAAAAUGAUUCAGUCAGCAGAGCAUGAAGUAACGAUUCAUUACAACAAGUUACAUGCUGAUAAUCAACAAGGUGAAUCAUUGGAUAUAGCAUUGAAGAAAAUUAAGCAUCGAUUAGUUGAGAAUAUGAGUGCAAAGACUGCAGAUGCACUUGGACUAAGCCGAGCUAUUUUAUGUAAUGAUUCACUUGUGAAACGACUUCAAGAGCUUGAAGGAACUGAAGUUAUGUACAGAGGACUUGUCGAUUUCUGCAAAAGAGUAUUGAAAGCAUACUUUAAUGUUUUUCAAGCUAUGAAUGCAUUUGGAACUGAAUUCUGUCAAAUGUCAAUUCGAGAACCUCAACCAACAGCAUCAGAAGCAUACAGAGCUUUUGGAGAAAUGCAUAGAAGUCUUGAAAAGGAAGGAAUUAAAAUGAUUAAGGCAUUGAAACCAGUUAUUGCAAAUUUCGGUACCUAUCUCCAUAAAGCCAUUCCAGAUACUAAAUUGACUGUUAGAAAAUACGCCGAUAGUAAAUUUGCUUAUCUCUCAUAUUGCUUAAAAGUAAAGGAAAUGGAUGACGAAGAACAAAGUUAUAAUGCAAUACAGGAACCACUGUAUAGAGUUGAAACUGGAAAUUAUGAAUAUCGAUUGGUUCUACGAUGUCGUCAAGAUGCACGAGCCAAAUUUGCUAAAUUAAGAAAUGACGUUCUUGAAAAAAUUGAAUUGCUUGAAGCAAAGCAUGCACAGAACUUGGCAGACAACUUAAAAAUGCUUCUUGAUGGAUUGCUUAAAUUCACACAAGACUCAAUUAAUAAAUUCGAAACUACUAAAGGACUUUUUCCAAUUGAAGUAUCACUUAAGUCUGAUGCAUUCGAGUACCAAUCUACUAAAACAUUUAGUGCUGAUGGACAGGAAGAAGAGGAAGUAGCUCAAGCUGAAGAGGCUAAAGAAGCAAAAUCAGCUACAAAAUCAAAACAAGACUUGCUUUCAAAUGGAUCGAAUGCUAAUAAAGUUCCGAGCCAAGAUUUACUAGAUUUAAUGAUGCCUAGUACAAAUACUGAAGAAAAAAAGGAGAAUGGACAUACCACAGAAAAGAUUCAACAAGGGUCAAUGUCUUCAAAUUUAGACCUUUUAUCGAAAGAACUUAUAAUGCCGAACAAUAAUUUAAAUUCGCUUUUGCCUGAUUUUCAAAAUAUUAACAUUACCGAUUCAUCAAAAACUGCUCAGGAUCUUCUAGCCGAACUAGGAUUAGACGAAAUCGAUCUCUCUGUUGGCGUUAAUAAUAAUGCUGCUUCAUUCAAUUCUAUUGACGACUUAUUGCAUUAA